AUGGCUAUUGCCACUGCUCCCGUAUCCUUGUGGAGCCGAAAACGCGACCUCGUCUACUUCGCAUUCUUCGCCAUCCAUGUCCCUAUCAUCUUUUUGGUCGAUGCCGCACCUAUCCUGCCGGCUUUUCUUCAGUCAGAUCUUAGCGUGACUCUUCGCGAAUUCUACAUUGAUACCUAUCAUGACAAAUUCUUCGAGGAAACGCCAACGGCCUGGUUCACCUUCUUCCUGUUGAUGGAACUAUUCUACCAUGUUCCGCUUAGUAUCUGGGCUCUGCGCGGCCUGAAAAAAGACAACCCUCUUGUCCCUGUUAAUCUGCUUGUUUUCGGCGUGCAAUCUUUUCUUACCUCUGCUAUCUGCCUGGUGGAGGUUUGGAGCUGGACGGACCGGUCGGUCGUCCAGAAGCAGAAUAUCACCAUGCUCUAUGGUCCUUAUGUCGCUCUUGGCGCAUUCAUGGCAGUUGACAUGUUUUGUAGACUUCGCGAGCGACUUGGGCUCAAAUCCAAGUUGGAGUAG